AUGUCGUCUCACACUAACAAAACGAAGCAAAUCUUGGUUUUGGCUUGCUUCUACUCAUUUGCGGAACCUAACAGAUUUCUGGAGGUCUGCAUCAAAGCAGAGGAAGAUGGUCAGAUCCAUCUUACAAGACCUCACAUAUAUUUUCAGGACGAAGCCAAUGUCAAAGAAGAUCGCAUAGCCAUUGCUGAUGAGGAAUUCGACGAACCCACCCUCUUCAGUGUCUUUUAUGACAGCACAUUGCAUGGGACACCACAUUGUCCUUACUUGGUAUUCAAAAUCACCAACAAAACUGAUAUAGUAGAUAUUUUAAGAAAAGACUACAUAGCAAUGACGAAAGCAGUGGAACAGAUGGAGACUUCAAAAUGUAUCUUGAGUAAAGUCAACUAUCUACUGCAAGACAACCGCAACAUGACAAACCUAAAUGGCGACUUAGACAAGCUAUGCGCUGAGUUACAAUGCAUGAUAAUGGAUCACCUCGCACUCCCAGACCUCAUAGAACUAGGCAAAACCAGGCAAGAGAAUAACGAAGGAGCCUUCAUAGAAGACACCAGUACAUUCAUCGGCGUAAUUGAAUGCACCGGAUCCAUCAUUGCGGGAUCUAGCGCGCUGCAUCUGUUCCAAGCCAAAUCAGAAGCGCUUGCACUCCAAGACUUGGACAUAUAUGCCACACAAGAGUUUGAAGAAACAUUGCUGGAGCAUUUCAAGGGCAAAGAAGGAUACAAGGGGACCCAGGACAAUCACCAGGAAGAAAGAAUAUGA